AAAAUAUAAAAAAGCUAUACAUAUGUAUGCAUGGAUGUAUAUAAAGUGUGAAGCAAAGUAUUGAAAUGGUUAAUAAACGGAGAAGGAAACAGAAAAAUAAAACUAAAAGAACUACAUGUUGUAUGUACAUUGGGGUGUCGCCGAAACAAGAUAGAGAAUCGAGGAACUAAAAGAAAAAGAACAGAAAGACAAAAAACUAAAAAAGAAAUACGAUUUCAGAUCAGAAAUUUUCACACUCCUUGUCUGCUUUAAAUUAAAUGCACUCUUACAAUUUAAGGGGCUUUAUUAUUUUAAAAUAAAAACAAAAAAUAAAGUUUUAAAUAAUUUUAAGAAAGAAAAAAAGCAAAGUUAAUGCUAAUAAUAAUAUUGUACGUACGUUAAAAUGAUUAUGUUUGUGUUGUAAAUGUGACGAGUGUUUGUUUGAAAAGUUUAAAAAUAAAAUGAAAUUAUGGAAUUAUACUUAAACUAAGAUACGAAGAAAUAAAUUAAAAAUUACGUUGAUAACUUAAGUGAUUAACUACUGUAAAAUAAGAGUUAAACUACAACGAUAUCAACACAAAAGCAAUUGCAGUAGCCGUAGGAAAACAAGGAAAAGAACAGCAACACGAAGAAAAAACAUUAAGCAGACUUUAAUCAACAAGAAGCACAACUAACAAAAAAAACACACACACACAACAAAAUGGAUGAAAACGAACAAGAGUUGAAAAGUCCCAUGAAACGAGUUGGAUCCACCCGUAAGGUGUUUCUAUUCAAUAACAUACGACAACAAUUAAACGAACAUUUAAGAUGCUUAGAUGCCCGUGUCGAAUCGCAAGUCUCUCUCAUACAGGAGCUGCAAGAUCUCUUUCGUCGAAGGGGUGAAUUGGAACUAGAAUACAGUAAGAAUUUGGAUAAACUAGUACGUAGCCUACAGGCCAGACACAAAGAACAAAAACAGAAACGUGAACAGUGGCAUAUAUUCUCGGCCUUUGCCUGCUGGUCUCAUCUGCUCGAGCAGACACAGUCGUUGAGCAAAGAUCACGCCACCUUAUCAGAAUUGUACUCCGUAAAUAUUGUUUCAUCACUACAGACGACCAUUGAAGAUGUCCAGAGGAUAUAUAAGAAGUGUCGAUCCAUCGGUUACGACAUACACGAGGAGAUAUUACGAGUGCUGGAAGAGUUGUAUGCCACAAUGAAAACCUAUCAGAAAUACGAAGCAGAAUGGAAGGCAGCCGAAGUAAAACUAAUGACUGCUGAAGGCCAACAACAGAAAUUAGAGCAGACUAUACAGAAAGAAAAACUGCGUAGUAGUAAGAAACAUCGCAUGAUUGAAAAAGAGGUGCUUAAGCGACGCACCAAAUACUCAGAUGCUCGCAUGAAGGCAUUAAAGGCUAAAAAUGAGUAUCAACUGUGUUUGGAAUCCUCCAAUACAACGAUACACAAGUAUUUUAUUGAUGAUUUAAGUGAUUUAAUUGACUGCAUGGAUUUGGGUUUCAGUUCCAUGAUCUCCAGAUGCCUAGUAAUGCACGUGACAGCAGAUCAAGGUAGAGCCAGAGCCAUCCUAAGUCAAGCGGACAAUUUGGCUCAUGUCAUCCAUCUCAUUGAUAGUCAACAGGAUAAACAAAAGUUUAUGGAACAGUAUCAUGCCGCCUUUAUGAUACCCAAACGUUUCGAAUUCCAGGGUCAGUUCAGUAAUGAUCUGCUCGAACAAAGUGUCCAAAAGGAGCUGUACGUAGACAUGGAGCAUCGUUUACAGUUGAUAGGCCAGCGUUUGAACUCAUUGCGCACAGAGUCUGAGGAGAUCUGGAAGACACUAGAGAUGGCUGAAGUUAAGUUGCUGGAACAUUUCAACAGCAAGGACUGUGAUGUUAGCCCCGCCUUUACGGAGCAUAAUAAAAGCCUUUUGCAAAAGGGCGGUGCCACAAUGGCGUUUAAUCCCAAACUCAAGGCUGAAAAAGAAGAAGUCGAAGACUUCUAUAUUAAUAAGAUACGCGAAUACAUUCGAGGCACAUCGCGCAUAGCGCGUCUCGAUGCAAAAGCCAAGUAUUUAAGAGAAAUGCUGUUGACGGACAAUAACAAGGCCUUCACCACCGAAAUACUGGAACAUCCCAUAAACAGCAAACGUAAACGAAUAGGCCGAAAGAAUCAGUCGGGCAGGCCGAAAUUAUUCGGUGGUUCCUUAGAGGAAUACCUCGAAUGUACUGGAGAAGACAUACCCUUGAUUAUUCGCAGUUGUAUACGUGUCAUAAACCUGUAUGGGUUGCAUCAUCAAGGCAUCUUUCGAGUGUCCGGUUCACAAGUAGAAAUAGCCAACUUUAAAGAGUCCUUCGAGAGAGGCGAAGACCCUUUGGCCGACACUACCGAUGCAUCUGACAUAAAUUCCGUUGCCGGAGUUUUAAAAUUAUACUUGAGGGAAUUGAGAGUGCCUCUGUUUCCCAAGUUCUACUUUGAAAGUUUCAUUUCAAUAUCAGAAAUGCAAACCAAGGGUGAUAUGGUCAAAGGCAUACGACAAUUUCUACAAAAUCUUCCCAAUUCAGUGGUCAUAGUCAUACGCUAUAUCUUCUCUUUCCUCAAUCAUCUGUCCGAGUAUGCUGAUGAGAAUAUGAUGGACGCCUACAAUCUGGCCAUAUGCUUUGGCCCCACCCUAAUGCCAGCCCCAGAGGACAAAGAUCAAGUUCAGUAUCAGAACCAAGUAAAUGAACUCAUCAAAAAUAUGAUUGUCUAUCACGAAGAACUGUUCCCCAAGGAACUGGGUGGUCUGGAGUACGAAAAGUAUAUAUCGCCGCACACUCUUGACAUGGAUGUUGGCGAUUCGCCGUCUGAGGUGCUCACUGAAGAUCCCGAAUCGGAUGCCUAUCCGUCAGAAGAUGAAUCCGAGGUGCUGGAGGCCAUGGCGCAGUUUGAUUUUAAUGCUCGUUCCAGCCGUGAACUGUCGCUGACCAAGGGUGAUUGUAUAAUUUUAAGAAAACAAGUAUCAAACGAUUGGUGGCAGGGUUCGGUUAAUGGUAAAGAGGGUUUAGUACCCGAUAAAUACAUAUCGCUUAAGCUCAAAGAUGAAGUACGUCUACCCGCACAAAAUUCCCAAUCUAUGGAACAUUUGUACUUAGAGAAUUCUUGCUCUUCAUCAACUUCAAUGUUAGUAGACAAUAAAGAUAUCGCAAAGUAUGUUGUUAAUGAUGUUUAUUUUAACAAUACCAAUAAUUCCGCCACUUCUCAUGCCAAUGUCGUUGCCAAUGCCAAUGCCGCAUCCUGUUCUUCCAUCGCCCACAUAAAUAAUAUGACAUCAACAAAAUCAACAGGUGGUGGUAGUAGUUGUAGUAGUCUUACCGGCAGUGUUGGUGGUGGCAAUGGUAGCGUCUCUGGCGGUUAUAGUGGUGGCAAUAAUGGUAUAGGUUCUGCAACAACAACAGCAACACAUCAUACAAUUGUUGGUGGUGGUGGUGUUAGUAUUGUUGGUGUUAGUGGUGGUAUUAAUACUUCUACAGGUGGUGAUUCUUCUUCAACUUCUACUUCUUGCUUAGAUGGUGCUUACUCGAUUCUAACAAAUGAUGGCCAUUUACAUACGACUACAACUACUCCUCCCCCUCCUCCUAUUCUACACCAUUCAACAGUAGCAUCAACAGCAGCACACACAUCAACAGCAAUACCAGCAGCAGCACAACAAAUCUUAUCGUCAACAUCAACAUCUAUAAAUGCUAUAGCAGCAGCUACUAAUCACUCAUUAAUUAAAUUUAUUAAGAACAAAAACAAACAAUACCAUGACGAGCCGCAUUCCUUUGAGAAUGCAAUCGAAUUUCAAAAUGCCUACGAUGAGCAGAUAGAAAAAUUCGAGACGACCGUAUAGAAGUGGAGGAAUAUGAAUGCACAAAGAUCACAAAACGCACACAUUAAAAACUAUAAACGCAAAAAAAGUUUCGAAAAGUAAGCAUACCUUCCUUCCUACACUCUAAUUACAUGCAUACAUAAAUAAAUACAUAUUAACGGAAGCAUAUUAAGAAUUCAUUAACAAGUGCUAUACUUACUUACUUACAUACUUAAUUAUUACUUGUACACCACAACAUACUCGUACUACAUACAGUUGCGAACAAGUUAAUAGCAGUAUAACUAAAUUUUUAAAUAUUUUAACUGUUUUUAACAUGCAGAACAUCCAAAUAAAACAGUUCACAAAAUAUGGCGCCAUUUGCUCACAGACCAGUCAGCAUCUGACGAACUCCAAACGAGUACCACUAUGUAUUUUUAUAAGAGUCUGUUAUCCUUACAUAAAAUUAACAAACUUGUUAGAUUAUUGAAAUAAACAAAAUUAUCAUUUUUAAAUUUUUUUAAAAAAAUGUUUAAUGAUACUGCUAUUUUUGUGUUCGCAACUGUACAUACAAUACUUAAAUACAUACACACAUAUUAGUAAACUCAUUAAUAGGGAAAGUGUUAGAAUUUCGAAUCUUUCGAAAAUACAUACAUAUGUAGUCAGAGCAAAAAAAGAAAUCUAAUUUUAAAGCCAACAAAAUUUAAAGUAUUUAUCAAGCUGUUAAGAAUUCUAAAUACGUGUAGUAUCUAUGACAUUUCCUUAUUAACAAAACAAUACAAUACAAAACAAAUAAACUUAUUUAAGAAGUUGGAGGAACGAACCAAAUGUUCAGUAAUAAAAUCUAUGUGGAUAGCAGAAUUUUAAAUUGCUCCAUAGGAUGGCUUAAAGCAAUGCUUAAUAGAUAAUGACAAUUUAAAAGUGUUAGUUUAUUACGCAAACCUUUCUUCAUAGAAGAAACCAAAUGUUGUUGUUAUAUAAUUGACAAGUUCGAAAUCUAAUUCAUAUACUUUCUAUUAAUUUCAGCUUGACUUAAAGAAAUACUUUAGCAAUCUUUUUGUUAAUUUUUUAUUUAGUAACAUCGUAAAGCUUGGAAUUUAACUAAACAAUUUAAAAACUCCUUAAAGGAAAUAUUAAAUGUGUCAUAAAUACAUAGAGGCCCGUAUAUUUUUUAAAUAAAUUAUUAAAAACUUUUUUUGUUCAGAAUUCAACUAUUGAAAAAAUAUCUUUGGACGGCCACUUGCAGAACGGUUUUUUGAAAACUUGAAAAAAAAAAUGGAGAGAGCCAUUAUUAAUAUGAUACUGUCUCAAAAGCGUGUCUUAAAAUACGAUCGUGUAUAAAGGCUCUUUAAGGGAAUGACCUCACAAAUUAGACAUUUUCUUAUUUCAUUAAUCUGUAUUCAUUUAGUGGCUAAUUAUACAAAACAUUAUGUUUAAAAGCCUAGGAAAUUAACGUAAAAAAUAGUGGGAAUUUAUGCAUACAAACGUUUUGCAUUUAGAUUCUAAAAUGUGUAAAGGGGAGUAUUUAAGAAAACUUAUGUUUAAAAAUAGCUUUUAAAAACAACUAGCGCCAGGUUAAUUGUGUCAUAAAAAUCUUCUUUAAGAAUGUGAUUGUUAAACUGGGCAGAUAAAGGUAUCACACUCAGUUUUUUCUUAUGAGAAAAAUUUAAUUUUUUUAAAUAAUUUAGCAAAUCAUCAGUAAAGUAGACAUAAGUGUACUAUGUUGCCCUUAAAAUAACAUAAUUUUCGUUCUGUUUAUCCAAAGAUACAAAUUUAUAUGUAUUUAUAAACCAAAAUUAAAAAAAUGGAUUUUAAAGUGCGUAAGAAUUGACCUUGAAUUGAUAAUGAAUGCUAUAAAAUCUGUAAAUAAUGCUAGAUCAUUGCUAUUUUUGUAAAAUUUUUAUUGCAAAAAUUUAAUUUGUUCAAUUUGAAAAGGGUUAGAUCAGAGGAUAUUUCGAAAAUGACGGUAAAAAAAAGCUCUGGUUGACCAAAAUCCUCUUUGGGAAGAAAUGUGCAAAGACUAAAGUAUGGAUUCAAACAUGCGUCAAAAAGUACAGUUUUGAGAAUGAAAUGUUUGGAAUUUGAGAGAAAAAUCAUAUGACAACUAACUGAAAAUUGCAUUUUUGUUCUGUUUCGAAAAUGUUUUUUUUUUCUUUCAGACGAAACAAUAUUUAAUUUUAUUGGUUCAGAUGGUUUUACAGAUUACUGGUAAGAUUUGAUAAAUAAAAUUAUUCAUAGAGGAAUUUCGGUGGCGAUUCCCUAAUUGUUUGGGUAGCGUUUAGUUCAAGUCAGUCGCAGAUCUAGGGGAGAGAAAUAAGAUAUUUCCAAACUGAAAACUUUUCGAAUAAAAAGGGAAAAAAAGAAAAGUGUAAAAUGGAAUUGUUGUCGUGUUCACUACAUCUUAAUGCUAUGGAGAACAUAUUUAGGGCUGCUAGUGUGUCAACUUUUGCGGGAUAUGGGUAAGCAUUUAUUAAACAAUAAAUAAAAAUUCUAAAAGUAUCAAUUAAAAAAACAAUCUAAUACAUAAAUUGUUUUAUUGGACUAAUAUGUAUUGACCUUAUAAUUUUGAGGCACUUUAAAAUAUACAUUUUUGAUAUUUUGGUUUAUAAAUAGAACUAAUGACAUCAAAGGGUUCUAAUCUGUACCAAUCAAAACGAUUUGGAUAAAACAAACAAUUUGGAAGGACACCUUAUGUAUAAUUUAUGGUUGCAACAAAUACUAGGGGUGUGUAAGUUAACUGGGCACAAGUAUUUCAAGAAACAUAAAUCUGAAGACAUAUGUACAUUGUCAAAUCGACUUCAAUUAUCUAAGGAUUCUGAAAAUACACUUACAUGUAAUAAUGUUACACAGUUUUUGGUCGCAAAUGAAUAACACAAAUACAUACAUAUUUAUACCCUAAUCAUCAUGGUGAAGGAUAUAAAAACUUAUUAAAUAAGACAAAUUUUGGUGCCAACUAAAUACAUACUUAAUACAUUAUUGAUACUUUUAUUGAAACAUAUCACAUACUCUUUAAUAUACAUAUUCCUAAUCGAAUCCAUUUUUGAAAAAAUAUAUUGCCCUUAAACUUAAAACUUGUCAAUUUUAUGCCAGCAAUAUUGAAAAUUUUAAUAUUUCCCUUUUGGUCACAAUAAUAAUCAACAAAAAUCUAUAUUUAUGCUCAAAUAGUUAAACAAACAAAACUAAAAACUACUAAAAUUAUUAACACAACUUUAACAACUCAGACUUAAACUUAAUAAUUAUAGGAAUCAAAGAUUACAAACAAAAAAACAAAAUGAAAA